AUGUCUCGGUUCGUUCUCUCAAUCGUUGGAGCCGGAAACUACGGUGCUGCUCUUGCAUACUUAGCAAGUUGACACUCAAAAUCUAUCGUAAAGCUUAUUGACACUUCAGAAGAAAAAUUAUCUCAGUCCAGCAUCCUAUUCGAGCAUUGAUUCAAUUUAGACGAAAAAUUAUACGGCCCGCCUCGAGAAGAUAUCUAUGAUAUUUUAGAAAGAAUCACAGUUUCACCUCACCUUGAGGAUAUUGAGUACUCAGACUUUGUCGUUGAAAGUAUCACUGAAAAUUUGUCACAAAAAAACGAAAUAAUCCAGCAGAUCGAAAAAAUCGUCGACAGUGAUAUUGUAAUUGCUAGCACUACCAGUCAUAUUUCUAUCACAAAAAUAGCCCAAAACACACAAUUUCCUGAUAGGAUUCUUGGGCUAAAUUAUACACAUUUCCCAUGGAUGUCAAAUGUAUGUGAAAUUGUAGCGACUAUAAAAAGCUCAAAUGAAGCAAUAGCGACAGCAAGGAAUUAUGCAAAGAAAAUAGGGCUAAAGCCUUCUAUUUGUUUUGAUAGGCCUGGGUUUAUAGCAAAUAAGUCAAUUUGUGUGAUAAUAAAUGAAGCCAUUUGGAUACUGCAUGAAGGAAUAGCAAGAAAAGAAGACAUUGACACGUCGCUGUGUGGGACCUUGUGUAUGAACGUCGGACCAUUAGAAUUUGCUGACUUUAUUGGUCUUGACGAAGUCCUUGACAUCUUAAAAACACUACAUAGAGAUACUGGUGACGAUAAAUAUAGACCUUGCCCAUUACUUGUAAAUUUAGUCUCAGCUGGAAUGCUAGGGAGAAAAACAAGUCAAGGGUUCUACGAAUACGAUCCUAAUGAGCCCUUAACUACAUAUAGAAGUGAAAGCUUAAGUAAAAUGGAUAAAGAAUACAAUAAAAUCAUCAAUGUGCAAAGAGAAAUCCGGAGAAAAACUGAAAUUUUAUAUGAAGCAGCAAAUCUUAAUUAUCUAGAAAAAUUUCAAUUUGAAGAUUUAAGAGAAGUGCCUUUUGGAGACCUCAAAGCUUUAGCCGACGAUAUAAAUAUGGACGAAAUCGUAGCUGAUAACCAAAAUAAAUUACGAAAAUUAUUUGAUAUAAUUGAAAAACAAAAAGAAGACAUCAAAAACAAGCAGAAAGAAAAUGAAGGACUUAAAAGAGAAGCUGAAACAUUAAGCAAGACUCAACAAAAGGUAGAAAAAGCUAUUAAAGACGCUGAAAAUAAAGUUGAAAGUAUGACAGCUGAGCUUGAAAAAAUGAAAAAAAAUAAUAUGUAUAAAGAUAUAAGAGACCCAAAUAACCCUGACGAAAACUUAUCAGACUGGAUGGAAAAAGCAAGAGAAGUCUAUGACAUAAAAGAAAUUUCAAAAAAAGAAAAAGAAAUGGUCAAAGAAUUUGUAUGGGAAUUCACACAAGCAGACUCUAAGCUGGAGUCAAAAGAUUUUGAUAAAAUGGUUCAGGAGUAUAUUGAGAAAAAACAAAAAGAGAGGGAAGGAGAAACAGCGAAGAAAAAAAAUAAGAUAGAAAUACCAAUCGAGGAGUAUUCAGAUGAAGAAGAGGAAGAAGAAGAAGAAGAUCUUGAGCUGCAAGAUGAAGGAUAUUUUGAAUCAGAUCAGGCAAGAAGAAAAAAGAAAAGAAAAAGAAGAAGAAGAAGAACAGCCAAAAAAUCAAAAGAACCUGAUGAAAUAGAAGAACCAGAUGAGCUGGAGCAAGAAGAUGAAAAUCAAAUUGCCUCAGAAGAGGAAGAAAAAAAGGAAGUAAAAGAAAAGAAGAAGAUAAAUAGACAAGAAAUAAAAGACAAAAAAUCAAAAGAAUUUGCAAAACCGUUAAAUGAUAUAGAAGAAGAUAUAAAAGGGGGAAAAUUCAGAGACUUUGCAGAGUCACUAAAGGAAAUAGAAGAAGUAAUAAAAGGACACAAAUUAAAAGGUUUCCAAAACCCAUUUGAAGUACCUCAAGGGGAAUCAAAAGGAAGAAAAUUGAAACCCUUAAGAAGCCCAUUCGCAGGACUAGACGAAGAAAUAUCAAGAUUAAUGAAAGCAUCAAAAUCCAGCAAAAAUAAAAAUGACGAAGACAAUUAA